AUGGCUAUGAGCGGUUUGAUUUCCAACCGCAACUUCGGUUCCUUUGUUGCCUCAGGGAAUUCAUAUAGAUUGCGAAAGGAUGUGUCACUUCAAAGAGGGGGAAUUUCUGUUUCUGGUGUAUCGGUUAUACGGUAUGGUAAUUGGAAUGGGAAGGAGAGAGUUUCAAGAUGCCAGCACACAAUGCAUUGUCGUAUGGAUUCCUGUUUGGAAGAGAAUGUUUCGAAACAAAUACAAAUGUUUGAUAACAAAAGGGAGCUUUUUUCUCCAUUAUCCCGACAGUCCAAACACUGCUCGAACUUCAAAUUAAAAGCUUGUAAAAAAAGUUAUUCUUACCUUUGUUCAGCCCGCUUUGGCAGUAGUAAUGUUGGACAAAGGAAAGUAAAUAGGUUUCGUGCUUGUUACAAGUCCGAGGAUAAUGACAUUGAAGAACCGAAGAUUGAUAGGCUGCAAUCAACUGAAGGGACUGGUGAAGCCAUUCUUCUGGAAGGGAAUCUGAAUCAAAUAUCUCCUUGGUGGCAGCAGUUUCCUAAGCGAUGGGUUAUUGUACUGCUAUGUUUUACAGCGUUUCUUCUGUGUAACAUGGAUCGCGUGAGUAACAUUUUCUUUUGUUUAUAG